GAAAAGUCUGACACUAGACUAGACCAAAGUGAGGGGAAAAGGAUCAUCGUUCUAGCUGGAGGGAUAAUCGAAGAGGGCUGAGCCAAGGGUCACAGGACUGACUGUCAGAACUUUUGGGAGUUUGGUUUGAGGAAAAUAAAGUUUGAAGUUUAGGGUGUUGGAGAAGUGACGAACGAAACGAUUGGUGAAAGAAGAGAGAGGACAGUAGAAAAGGGUGAGCAAGUUCAGAGGAGGACAUGUCAAGUCGACAUUGGUAAAGUGAAGUUUAAAAGUGUAAAAAUAUUGAAGAUAUUUAGUAAAAAGAGACUUCAAAAGGUUCACAAAGUAUCAAACUAAUCAAUUACAGUCAUCAGAGUUUGAAGAACCCAAAAUUUCCAUACUACGUAGCAAGGAAAAUCGCAGGCAAAACAAGUCCACAAAAAUAACAAGAAGAAGGGGAGGGAGCAACCAGAACCAUGGACCUGGGGCGGCCGUGGCGGGUGAACGUGGUCCGGCACCUGGGGGCGCGCCAGGCCGGCGACAACGUGCGCAACUUCCGGGACAAUCUGUUCCACGAGCGGCUCCGGAUCGCCCGGAACCUGUACAAGAAGGACCUGGUGUCGCACUAUGGCUGCGUCAACGCCAUCGAGUUCAGCGCCGAGGGCGAGCUGCUCGUGUCCGGUGGCGAUGAUCGACGCGUGCUCCUGUGGAACGUGGACAAGUCCAUCAUGGAGAAGGAAUCGCCGGUGGCGAUGCAGAAGCAGCACCUGAGCAACAUCUUCUGCCUCGGGAUGGACUCGAAGAAUACGCGCAUCUUUUCCGGCGGAAACGACGACGUGGUGAUCGUGCACGACGUUGAAACUCGCGAAGCGGUGGACGUGUUCCUGCACAGCAAACCCGUCUACGGGCUGUCGAUCGAUCCGUCGAACGACGCGAUCUUUGCGACGGCCGGCGAGGACGGGAAGGUGCUGAUCUUUGACGUGCGGGACAGUUCGGACGUGAUGUGCGUUUCGCGGUACCGGUCGCCGUACCACGCCGUGAUGCAUCAUCCGUACGAUGCCGGGUUCAUUGUGACGGCCAACGCGAAGGAAGGGGCGGCGUUGUGGGAUUUGCGAUCGCCGAAGAUGCCGACGGUGCGGUACGGCGGGGACAAUGCGGCGCAGAGUUGCAUGAGUGUGCGGUUUAAUGGGGCGGGGACGCAGGUGCUGGCGUUGAGACGUCGGUUGCCGCCGAUUUUGUACGGGACGGCGUCGCCGGAUCCGAUUUGUCAGUUUUAUCAUCCGGAUUAUUACAAUUCUUGUACGAUGAAGAGUUGUUGCUUUGCCGGGGAGAACGAUCAGUACGUGCUGUCGGGGUCGGAUGAUUUUAAUCUUUAUGUGUGGCGCGUAACGGAUGCUGAUGUUACGGAUACGGAUCAGUGGGUUGACCGGAAUCAGAUGGUUCUGUAUGGACAUCGGUCGAUCGUGAACCAGGUGCGGUACAAUCCGCAAAAGUGUUUGAUCGCUUCGUCGGGUGUGGAGAAGAUUGUGAAGUUGUGGACACCGUUCGAGCUGGACUCGUGGCGUGGAAGUUUGACGGAGGAGGCAACCGGUCCGGAGAAUCCCCGCGAAGUGUUCACCAACGAGGAGUACAUCUCGCUGAACAUGACCCACGACUACAGCCACCAGUCUACCAGCGAAGAUCCUCGCAUGAUGGCGUUCUUCGACUAUCUGGUUCAGCAGGAGAUUGAAGGCUGGAACAGCGAGACUUCGGACCAGAGUUCGGAGCACAGCUCGGACGAGAACGAGUCCUCCCGCCCGGACACCACGCAAACCUCGGACACUGACGCGGUUCAGAACUACAUCCCGAUGCGGGGACAACAGGCGAACCGCCGUGGUGACGUGGCUCAACGGACCAAGUAUCGCAACCGGAUCGCGUACCUGAUUGCCACAAAGCGGAACCGACUGAAGCGUCUAGCGCUGAAAAAUGCCAACGCCCGAACCACGAACCGUCGCACCAUCACAAAAGCCAAGUACGGCGCUCUGCGGAACCAACCGAAACGCCCCGGACUGGGUGCCCUGCGCACCACCCGGAAAGGCAUCGGCAAGCGGAACCGCCGACUCAGCACCAGCAAGUACAACAAACGUCCGGCGGUGUCCCACGAGCAAACGAGCGAUUCCGAGGUGCCCAACAAGCAAUCAACGAAGAAGCGACGCCUGCAAACCACCAACCUCAACCUGGCCGUCUACCGGACGUUCCGGCGGAAAACCAAGGGCGCCGCGACGCCUUCGUCAAAUUCGAACACGAGCACGCGGGUUGAGGAGUCCAGUUCGGACGAUGACGACGACGACGAUGACGCUGGGAACGAUAGCGAGCAGCAGCACUCGGCCGCGAAGAAACGUCGACUGAUGGAAGCGUUGAGCAGCUUGCCGUCGACGAGUCGGAGCUUUCCCAGUGGUGGCGGUUGUAACAACGGGGCCGGUCCCAGUGGGUUGUGUAAUGCUGGGAGGAGUGCGAGUGGUGUUGCUGGAGGUAGCUCGAUGAGCUUGGAUACGCCCAGUACGAGCACCGGAUUGACUGGGAAUGGAAGGAACCUGCUGUUCCACAUGGCGUCCACCACCAACGACGAUGACGACGACGACGACGACUCGGAUGACGAUCCGUCGAUCCCGGAACAUCCAACCUCCCCGGACAACAUGCUGCGCGUGAUUACGUCCCCCAUCAACCACUUUGAGAUCCCAUCGAACAGCUCGUCGACUGCCGCCGUCAACGCCGCCGGUUCCUCCACCUCCGGACAGACCCAGGGCGUGGACCACAACGGCAACAACAUGCUGGACCGGAGCAACAACAACGACAGCUACGUGAACCACAACGCCGCUAGGCUAGGUAGCCGGGCCGAAGUUCCGAACGGUGGCCAGAAGCGCAACAACAACAACCAGCAUCAUCACCAGGCGGACGCCAACAACGAAUCGUCCUCGUCGUACAACCAGGUCUACGACCACACCUACUCGAGCCGGUCCAACUCGCGGCUGUCGAGCAGCUACGACUACGACUGCUCCUCGAGCAACGACGAAACCUUUGCCGAGUACUUUCACAACAAGAAGAAGCUGAUGGCGUGCGCGGCCACCAACGGGACUAACAACAACCGCGACGAGGACGAGGACGAAGACUAUGACCAAGUUCCGAGUCGUCGCCGACCCGACUACAACCGUGACCUGUUGAACCACACGCCGGACAGUGGAAUCGCCACCGGGCCGUGUAGUUCCGUGUCGACCACGGGGGUGCCGUCGAGUGCCAAGAGUCGAGUGACGACGCCCUCGGCGGAACCGAUGCCCGGCACGAGUGGAACCGCCGAGUUGGCGACCAGCAGCAAGCUGUUCCAGGCGAAGGUGGCCCGCGUGCGGAAGAACUAUCGCAAGCACUUCUGUGAUGACUCGGAUAGCGAGUAGGGCAUUUCAGCAAGCACGUUGUGUCAGUUUCAAGUGAGAGAGAAUAGAAUUCAUCCCGCUGAACUGUAGAAUUGCUAAGUUUAUCAUUUCCUACACUAUAGUUAUUUAAGUUUUGAAAACAUUAAGACUAACAGUUUUGGUAGAAAUGUUCCCCGUUUCCCCUUCCGUAAUCCAAAUGAUUUCCCCUCACACACAUAACUGCCAAUUGGCCACCAGAAACGGAGAAGAGAGUGAAGAAGCAGUGCACAGAAAUAAAAUAACAAGUCUAAGUUUAAAGUAAAACUAUUACCUAAUGUAGGAUGAAACGUGAUUUGCUAACCAUAUACUAUAUGAUGUACUAUCGAAUAAUAUUUCACACACAACAAAAAAAACACAAAAAACAA